CUGCUCUGGUGGGGAUGGGGCUACUGGUGGGGACUACAAUGAUCCUGGCACUUGUCUUUCUCCCCAGGAUGGUGGGGCUCUACAAUGACCCAGAGGGGAAGAAUGUGUUUAGCAUGACUGAUCCUAAUCAGAGCACUGAGAUCAGGGAAGACAGUUCAACAACCGAGACCCUCCGCUACAGGAUCAGAGAGCUCGAGAAACAACUUGAAAAGAAGAAGGGUGGUGUUGUAAAGAGAGAAAACACUGCUGAACACAACACUCAACAAAAGAAUGGCUCUCAUAAGAUGUCCCUGACAUAGCAGCUGAUGAGGGCUAUCAAGACUACAACAAUUUCCCUACAGUAUUCAAUAUCAGUGCAAUGUAAAAUAUCCCACUUCCGCUU